CAAACAGAUUUAUGUUUUGAGAAGACGAGACACAACUUUGCUUACAUUUUGCAAGGGGAUGGAAGCUGUGCGCAAUUUGUAGCUUGAUUAUAAGCAUUUAGUGAAUUGCCAAAUUUUACGCUUGGUGUGCUGAUUAAUUUUGUGGUUUGUUUCUGCUAAAUGAUAAAGAAUUCCUGUGACGGCUUCUUCAGACAUCGCGACGAACUUGAAGUUUACAAUUAUAAUCAUCUGAAGCUGUAUCGAAAUCAUGCUACAAGCUUCUCCGAUAUCUCAUAAAUGGGGUCAAACGACUGCGUGAGCUAUUAGAAGAUUUAUCGGCAACAUUUACCGGAGAAAUCGGAGAUGUUUCUACCAUGUUGAUUGACAGUUGGUAAUACAAUGCGACGAUGGUUUCACUCCAGUUGUUUCAAUGCUGGGUUCGACACAGCCAACAUGUCUGUGCUCGAGCUACGCCAUUCAAAUCUUACCACAGUAUCUCACGAUUUAUUUAAAAGCAAGGAAGGCAAAGCAUUGGAAGAGGUGUAUUUAGAUGCAAACCAGCUCAGGGAUUUGCCUCGGGGGCUGUUUAAUCUGCAAAAUCUUCAGGUUCUGGGUUUAAGUGAUAAUGAACUAACAAUUCUACCGUCGGUCCUGUCCAAUUUGGUUAAUCUACGAAUUUUAGACUUCAGUAAAAAUGGAAUCAUCGACAUCCCCGAAACCAUUAAGCACUGCAAAAACCUCCAAGAGAUCGAUGCAAGUGUGAACCCUAUCGGGAAAAUCCCUGAGACGUUCUGCCAUUUGGCAAAUCUGACCCACCUUUAUCUAAAUGAUGCCUUCCUGGACUUUUUACCUGGAAAUUUUGGAAGAUUGAUCAGUUUGAGGAUUCUGGAGUUGAGGGAGAAUCACUUGAGAGUCUUGCCAAAGUCUAUGUCUCAGCUUAAGAACCUUGAAAGGCUUGAUAUAGGAAACAAUGAAUUCACAGAACUGCCAAUGGUGGUCGGAUGCUUGCUAAACCUAACAGAGUUAUGGAUGGAUUCCAAUGCAAUCAAGGAACUCCGACCAGAAAUAGGUCUUUUGAGACGGCUCAUGUUCCUUGAUGUGUCCAAGAACAGACUAGAAUGGCUACCCCCAGAGAUAGAAUCCUUACAAUCCUUGACAGAUCUUUAUCUUUCAAACAAUCUACUGAUUGAGAUACCAGAGCAAAUUGGUGCAUUAGGAAAGCUUCAGACAUUAAAAUUAGAGGAGAAUCAUUUAGGAGAAUUACCCAAUUCCAUUGGGAAAUUAGUAGAGUUGGAAGAACUGAUUCUAACAUGUAACGAAUUAGUGAGUCUUCCGCCUUCUUUGGGAUACCUGCGGAAACUUAGAGUACUCAAUAUUGAUGAGAAUUUUCUGGAAUCCAUCCCUUCAGAGUUGGGUAGUUGUACGGCCAUGACCAUUUUGUCGCUGAGGGACAACAGGCUGGUCCACUUACCGGACAGCAUUGGACGUAUGCCGAAACUACAAGUCAUAAAUCUGGCCUCCAACAGACUCGAAUAUCUCCCGUAUUCAUUUCAUAAACUGGUCAGUCUAAAAGCUCUAUGGCUGUCGGAGAACCAGUCGAAGCCAAUGAUCCCCUUGCAGUCCGAUUACAACACGUCUACGAACACGCACAUCUUGACUUGCUACAUGUUUCCACAAGAGCCACUGAGCGAAGAGCCCGAGGACAAUACAUCAAUGAACUCUGUUGAAAUCCACCCAGAGGCAGACGACGGGUCUAGUAACCUAGCAGAUGUUAACCUGGAGACGGGGCCGCCUCAUCGCUCAUCCAUCGUCUUCGACAUCGAUGAGAAUGAUUACCUUGCGCGCUUAGCUCGAUUCAGCUCUCCCUACCCAAAGGACGUGAAGGAUCGAGCUAUGCAGUACUUGGCUAGCCGUCGGCAACAGCAGCAGCAACAUCAACACCAAGACAAAAAUAACAACCCACCACAACCUUCGGCCCAUCACCAGUGCCAACAUGACAAACACAGAGAUCACCACCAUGACACCCCACACUACCACCAGCCACCACCACCGCCAACCCGUCCAUCUCACAGCUGUGGACCACACCCUGUACCCCCCACUCCCCUUGUACAGCACCCUGAACCCGAGGCCCCGCCUCAGCUGCCUCCGCCCCCUCCCUUCAUCGUGGAUGACACCGAAUCCCCACAGGAGCAGCCUCCUACUACUCCCGUCUCUCCCCUUCAGCAGCUACUACUGAAGGGUAGGAUUGAUAAGCAGGAGCCGGAAGAGGAGCAGAAACCCGUGUUCGGCUUGCCCUCACAGAUGAGAGGAAGAAGCGCUGCUGGCCAAGGAAGAAGCGAGGUUGUGACGUCAAGGCGUGGUGGGGAUCCGAUGGGGAGCAUAGGUCUUGUCCCUCAGGGACGGGAUGGGGAGAGGAUAGAGGGGCCACAGGGGUGGUCUGGGGAGCCCAGGAGAGGUUAUGAUUCCACAUCUCAAGCAGAGAUCAGAAGAAGUCAGGAAUCCCCUCAGGGUGGGGGUCAGGAGUCUUUGUCGCGUGGGAGGGUACCCGAAGUCCCUUGGUAUGAAGAUCAGUUGCAUCAUUCCAGUGAUACAGGCUCAAUUCAUUCAGAUCACGAAGGGCCACCUAGAGCUCCACGAAACAUUGCCGUCGUUGCGCCGUCACGUUUAACCUACGAACACAACCAAGACAAACCCGACAAUUUGCCGAGAACGAGCGGGCGGUUAUUGGAUGACAACAGGUCGAUCAGUAGCCAAUCAUCUGUAGCGUCAUAUGGCGCAAUUCCUCCGCCAGUCUAUCAAACCAUCCCUCGAGGUCCCGCGACAGGUCCCGCGACCCGAGGGCCUCCAUCAAGCUCCGCGUCCAGCCACAUGUCACAGCAUUCCUUUCGCGAGGGCGCACCGAGCCUGGAGACCACCAUGCAAGGAGUCGACCUCCGAGUACCUCCUACCGGCGAGUGGAUGCGCAUGUCUGAUACAGUGCAUGGACAAAGCUACGAGGAGACGCACUCAUUCCGGUCAGAGGAACCAAGUAUCGUCUACGAAGCUGGUCAGCCUAUUCUGCGCCCGCCAUCCUACCACGAGGCAAUGGGACAGCGGAGACAACCUACCGACGUGACGGUCCACCACAUCUUUGUGGAUCAGCUACGGCCGAGCGCACUCGGACUAAUCGAUAACGCUCCGGCAGACGAACAUUUCUCGCCGCCACCCGGGUACUCCACGAUUGACCCUCGGGAUCAUCGGCCCCAGGCGACGCUUGUCAGCAACGGAACGUCGGAUCACGUGGCGUAUGGACGUCAACCGGUCGCGAGAGGGUUGGGGUAUGACCCUUCUUUACCGCCGGAUAUCGACAGGUUCGAGAGCAGGGUACGGGAGAUCCAGCAGGAAAGGCGGGAGGAAAGGGAGCGCAGAGGCAAUGGGUACCCUGUGGAUAGCGCGCCGCCACCAGUGCCUAGUCCUCCUGGGCAACAGGAAGAAGAGUUCCACGUCACGGUCCACAAGAAUCCCAACCUCGGCUUUAGUGUGGCCGGGGGCGUGGGCUCCACAGGCAACCCAUUCGACCCUGCUGACGAAACGAGCAUAUACGUGACGAAAGUCCAACCCGAAGGCCCGGCCGCAUUUGGUUUGAAACCAGGCGAUAAAAUUCUGGAGGUGAAUGGAAUAAACUUGAGAAACACCACUCAUGACCGCGCUGUGCUUUUCCUCAAGAAUAACCAGGUCGUUGACCUGCUCGUUUCGAGGGCAAAGGCGGCCAGCUGAUAAGAUAAGCACGGAAAACAGGGCCUACUUACAGGGAAAACAGAAAAAAAAACUAAAUGAAUAGGAUUUAUAAUCACAGGAAUAAACAAGAUGUUUUAACAGGGAAAACGGAAUAAACAGGGUUCACAUACCGGGAAAGUAGGAAAAAAAAAUGUUAAAUAGGAAAGGCAUGUGGCAAGAUGCGAAGACGAAAAUUAUUCGAGUUAUUAUUCGAGUUGUAACAAAGAGAGUUCGAUAUGGUAAUAUAAUAAUUUUAUGCCAUAUUUAGAAUAUAUCGAAUUCUUUAUCAAUGGUCGAUGUUCAGCGCUUGGUAACCUCGCAACCUCCUCAGCCCUUAUUGGGUUGGCAAGAGAGUUGGUUACUUGACACUGCUAUUUAUUUAUUUUUGCUGCAUUACAGGAGAAGCUGGCUUUAGGUAGAUAUAAGAUAGUCCAGUGAGCUAGCGAUGGAAAUUCUUAUUUUGCAGGAAUACUCUUUUACUAUAGACCAGAAAACAAGAUCCUGUAUUAAUAACUAAUUCUGUAAAAUAAAAAGGAAAUCCUAAAUCAUAGACU